AUGAUGAAUUAUUAUCCUUCUGCUUCGCAUUCUACAUCAUUUACUUCUAAUACGUCAAAUUUGUUGCCUCCGCAACAUGCGGAUGGUAAUAGCCAUGUACCUAUAAACCUUCAGAGUGUGUCUCACCCCGACCCACAAUCUACAACAUUUACAUCUCGACAACACAAGUUAACAACACAACCAGUUUAUUUUAUUCUGGCUGAUAGUCAUGGACGAGCUCUCCCGUCAUUAUCUACAAACGAUUACCAGGUCAACAUCAAAUUUCUAUCGGGUUUACAUUGGGCAAAUGAAGAGUGUAUUAGAUUAUGUGCAAAAACCUUACUUGAUUCAGAUAUUAUUUCUUCGGAUUUAUCUGUAUGCACUAGUACAAUAUUGCUUAUAGGUACUAAUUCAAUUCGAAAUGAUUAUGCUCCCAUUAUUAUCAAUCAGAUUGCGUCCAUUGUUGAUCUUAUUCAUUCUCAACAUCCGCACCUCCGAGCAAAAUCUAACAUCACGAUCCUGUCUAGUUUUCCUUGCGUAAACAAAUCUUCAUUAUUUCCAUCAACUCAGGAAUUAGCAACGAACAUAAAUUGUUAUAAUAAUCUUCUUCAAGAGUUAGCAUUACGCAAAAACUUCUCUAUUCUCGAUGUCCCCAUCACAUCUAAUCACCUAAAGAAUGACGGCAUGCAUAUCCACUCGUCUCAUUUCUUUAUAUUAAGUGAUACUAUUGAUCAUUAUAUACAUCACUUAUAUGAUCAAAUACCUAAAACCUCUCGUAUUCAUAAUCGCUCACGCGAUGCUAUUACCCGUCGGAACACAAACCGGCAUAUUAAACAAGUAGCACGACAACAACAGCAAACGGUAACCCGUUCGAUUGCUCAUGCAUGGAAAUUACAUGACUUUAAGCAAUAUUUACAACAUAAACAGAUCCGCUAUAAUCGUUUACCCGAAAUUCGCCAACACCAAGUCCGAAUUCAGUUCAAUGACAUUCACCAAUAUAAUCAUGCUGAAGCAACAUUAUCUGAGGACGAAUUUAAUGAAAUGAAUUAUUAUAAAUGGCUAAACUAUGAACAUUAA